UGUGAUCUAGGUCAUGCCUUUUUUCCACAGGCCCGCCAGAGCUCAGUCAAGAUCCAGUUGAAGUCGAGCAGUCUACUCAAGAAUUCUUCUAACAACUCUGAUACAAAGACAGUUCGCCCACGGGAAGGCCUGAGGUCGCGUGAUAUCCGCAUCGCCAGAACAAUUGGGGUCAUUUUCCUGGCCUUCCUAAUCUGCUGCUCUCCAGUCUCGAUCGUCCACUACCUCGAUAAUAAGUACCAUAUGCCAACUCUGUUGCUGCUGCUACACCCGCUCUACUGGGCCCAGUACUGCAUCAACAUUGUCAUCUACGUCUUUAUGAACAGACAGUACCGUGACGCCUACGUGAACUACAUAGCUAGAUGGUGGCCCAACUUUAAGGAGGUAUCGCGCACGAAAUUCCAUUGGAAAGAGGAGGCUACAAGUGACAACAGCCGUAGGCAGUCCCGGGCAGCCACGCCAAGUGCCGGUUCUAAGUUUAGCGUUCGCAAGUUUUCUAAGGGAUCCUUGGUUAAGAGCAAUAACAUGGAAGCUCCUGGAACCCCACAGGUAUUGGCCAAGAGUGGAACUCCAAACCUAUCUGAUACCCGUCUUUAAAAGGACCAGCAGGUUUACCUGUAGAUGGCUGGAGGGAUCAUCGCCCCACAUGGGCUGUUCUCUUACCAGGCCUCUUGGUUGAAGGCCUGAUCAGUCAAGAUACUGGUGCUAACUGCACUCAGUCCAACGUAGACAGCACAGCCCGGCUAAUCAGGAACUACCAUAAGUCUUAAAGUCCCAGCAAUGGUACUCAUACUCAUUCUAUCUGUAAGUCACUAGUGGUGAUAUCUCCAAAACAGCUGUUUUCCUGUCGUGACCUAUGAGCCGUAUUUUUAUCAAGCAAGUUUUAUUGUAGGUUGAAAACCUAUUUAAAAUGUUUUUAUUAAUUCAUAACAUAUAAACCUGGCCUUAUUACAUUCAUGUAACAUGAAGAAUAUAUAGUAAACACAGUAAGGAUAUACUUAUACCUACUCUAUAUAUGAGUAGUGAAAUUGCAGGAUUUUUAGUCAUGACAGUAUCCUUUAGUGUCACAGGUUGACUCAUCCAAGUGUAUUACAGUAUAUGUUAACAUUUUUACUGCUAAUAUUAACAACUAAUUUGAAAUAUUUGUAUAAGGCUUAGCAUUCUAUCAUGAUGGAGUUGAAAGAAAUAAAGAAAAACUUGCCUUAAUAUAAUUAAGUGGGAAUCUCGAGGGAUUCUUAUAAGAGUAAGGACAUACCAGUGCUCUGCGAGCACUACAACAGCCACAACUGCUGCCUACACAUAGUGUGUCAGAACACCACAAGCUCUACAAGCACUACGACAGCCACAAGACUGUAGGAGUCUAUUGUGCUGUAGGUUUCUACUUUUUCAAUGCUGAUGUUAAUUUUUUUAAGGGGUUAUUGACGCUGUCUAGUAUGCACUUUAAACUUGUGAGCGGUGAUCAUUUUCAUUUGAAUAAACUCAAGGACCCCUAGC